AUGUUAAGUAUCAGGCAUGCUUAUGCUCCAUUAAGCUUUCGGAGGUGCUUUAGCAAGACUUCACGUUGUUUUAAUAAAGUGAAUUUAGAGUCUAACAUAAAUGACCAAUGGUUAAAUGACUUGGAAGGCUCCACUGAAGAAGAUAUACCUGAGCCAGAUUGCAUCAUCAGCAAAGUGAAUGAAUCAGAUAAUGACGAAUCCAAAGUUCAAUAUUUGGAUAACAUUAAGUAUAAACUCUUAGGCGUUGAUAAAAAUGGGCUUUCUGACAUUCAAAUGACAUUACAGGAUUAUUUCAUGGGAAACGAACACCAUACCCAUAACGUAUUUCAUGGAUUUUCGAAGUAUAAACAAGCACGUAAAAGCGAACAGAGAACUUUCAUAGAUUUAAAGCUUAUCAGAGUGAAAAGCGGCAAAGGUGGUAAUGGAUCGGCGUCGUUUUUUAGAGAUGCAUUUCGGCCCAUGGGACCUCCUGAUGGUGGAGAUGGUGGUUAUGGGGGAAAUAUUUAUGUCAAUGCGGUUAACAACAUUACCUCAUUGCAUAAAGUUAAAAGAUCGUAUGAAGCGAGAGACGGAACCCAAGGAAUGGGAAAGCAAUUAGAUGGUAAAAAUGGCGAAGAUGUCAUUAUUGAAGUUCCUGUUGGUACCACCGUCAGAUGGGUUCCAGAUCCUCUCGAACUCCGGAAGUAUUUACAGGCAACCCAACAAAAUUUGGAUCAAAUUAAUUUGAAUAUUAAAGGUACUGGCCUUAAAAACGAUUAUAUCCAAUUUUUUAGGGAAAGUUUCAAAGCAGGCGAAGGAUGGAUUUUCAAAGAGAAAGAAGAAGAUUAUUUUCUUGAGAGGAAAUUUUUCAAUGAUUUAAAUGAAAAGGUUAAAGAAUAUGAUACGGAAAUAAUAAAUGAAGAAUUAUACGAAGAUAAUUUCCCAAUGAUGGGAAUUGACUUUGAUAAGCCCACCUCUAAACCUGUCUUACUAAUCAAAGGAGGAAAGGGAGGUAUGGGAAAUAUGCACUUUUUAACGAAAGAUAUUAGAAAUCCAAAAUUUUGUAAAAUGGGAAGAACAGGGUUAACUAAAUUCUUUUUGCUAGAAUUAAAAUUAAUUGCUGAUUUGGGCUUAGUUGGAUUACCAAAUGCUGGUAAGUCAACACUAUUAAGGGCCAUAUCAAAAGCCAGACCAAGAGUUGGACACUGGGAAUUUACUACUUUACAGCCAACUAUAGGAACAAUAUUCACAUCAAUUGAUAAGGAUCCAUUCACAGUGGCUGAUAUUCCUGGAAUAAUUAAAGGUGCAUCGGAAAACAAAGGUAUGGGCCUUGAUUUCUUGAGACAUGUAGAAAGGUCUGGAGGUUUGGUCUUUGUUAUAUCUUUAGAAUCGAAAAACCCAAUAGAAGAUUUAUUGACUUUGAUUAAUGAGGUAGGACCUAAACGGAUGUCUAAUAAGAAAGUAUUGAUAGUUGCAACAAAAGCUGAUUUAGAACAAAAAAUUGACAAGUAUAACGAUUUAAGAAAAUUCACUGAAAAUAGGGCUUGGAAAAUUGUACCCGUAUGCGCAAUUCGUGGCGAGAAUAUUGAAAAGUGUAUCAAAAUGAUGAGUGAAACUGCUCAAAAAUAG